GCUCCUCCGGUGGGUGGGACCAAACUGAGCUCUCGCACACAAAGACGUAGAUCUGGCGCGAAAGCACUUUUACCGGCAGCGGGCUGGGGGAGGGUGCGGCUGCACCACGCGGAUCGAUCGUUGCUGCCGUUGUAACAGGACACCUGCUUUAUUUCCACAAGGGGAAAAAAACUUUUCUAGUUGUUCUAGUUAAACGACCGUGAAACAAGGGCGGUUGGAGUCGCGCGCUAUUGUUUAGUGAGCGCGUGUGUACCGGAGUUCUACCGGACGCUGCGCUUCUUUGUUCUGAUCUGCGCGUCCCGUAGACUCUCACUGUACUUUGCAGGUUUGCUACCCCAUGACAAUCUUGUAGAAGUUCUGCAGCAAUGCCUGGAGUCAACACACACACUCUCUACGGCUGGGACAUGGAGCACUACUUUUUCGACGAGAUGGACACCGAGGAGGAUUUCUUUAAAUCUACAGCCCCCAGCGAGGAUAUAUGGAAGAAAUUCGAGCUGCUUCCCACCCCGCCUAUGUCGCCCUCGAGGACGCUGGAUGGAGACUGGCUCCUGUCGCUACCGGGUGACCGCCUCGGGUGGGCGAUGCCUAAGGUUUUAACAUGUGACGAGGAGUACGACGGGCUGCAUAAUUUCGACCCACUGGACAUUUUUGGGAAUUUGGGCUCUAUCGUUAUCAAAGACUGCAUGUGGAGCGGCUUUUCCACGAGUCACCGACUGGAAAAAGUUGCUCAUGUCGAGCGAACACCGGUGACUGCUCCGAUUCAGACCUCGACCGCACAGAAAGCUGCUCGUUCCGCAUCGGGCACGCUCGUGACUGGGACCCAGGCGGCACAGUAUGUGAACCCCGCCGCGGUCCUGGAACUACCUGUUCCGCGUAACAAGAAGGUGGCUGCAGGCUCCUCCGGUUCCGAGUGUCGAUCAGAUUCGUCCGAUGAUGAUGAUGAUGACGAGAUUGACGUGGUGACAGUGGACAACCGACCAAAGCGUGGCCGUCCUCCAAGUCGCCGUACGCCGGUAACCAUUACCGUAAGCGCUGAUCCAUUUGGACCAUGUCCCAAGCGCUUCCAUGUGUCUUUGCACCGGCAACAGCACAAUUACGCUGCCCCCUCCCCUGACACGGAUCCGGAGGAUGACUUUGAUGAGAUUGAGUCUGUGAGCAAGCGGCCACGUCUGGAGCCCUCAUCCUCUCCGUCGUCUCCACUUUCUUCACCUGCCACAUCAGACUCUGAGGACUCCAGCGAGCAGCGUCGGAACUUCUUGGAGAGAAAGAGGAGAGAUGACCUUCGCUCGAGGUUCCAGGCGCUCCGGGAGGAGAUUCCAGAUCUGUCUGCAUCCUCAAAGACCUCGAAGGUGGCGAUUCUGACACAGGCAACGGAAUACUUGCUGCAGUUGCAUGCAUGCCAACGGCGUCAAGCUCAGGAGAAGAGAAAACUCAAAGCCAAACAACAGCAGCUUCUCCGCAGGAUCAACGUAUUACAGAACUCCUAAAAAAACGUCUGCUUUAACAUUAAUAUUUGCAGAGCUCAUUAUGGAUGAGAACUCAUUGUCAUUCGAUAAAAUGACACUUAAAACACUGCAGGGAGAUCUUUAAAGCCACACUGAAUUAUGCCCUCCUUGAGGGAUCUGUACAUUUGAGAUGUGGAGAACUUUGUGUGAGCAGACAAUUACAAAUGUGCACAUGCAAUGCCUUCAUAAACCUCAGCAGAUGGAGAUGCCAGAGGAAGUUAUAUUGGCGAAUUUACAAUCUAGCAAGCAGGGUGGGUGGCAUUUGUAUGCAUGUGGGUGGUGAGGGGAGCAUGGUGUUCAAACCCAUUGUGUGGAAAAUUUGAAGUGUCUUGUUCAUAACUUGAUCUGUACAAAAUCUGCUGUAAAUACUAUAUUCAGAGGAUUUUCUCCUCCUGUAUCUACUCACAAAACUGCCAGAGAUUCUAUUUUGUUAAAGAAUAAAGCAUCUAAAAUGA